AUGGUCGAAGACAGCUCGAAGAAGAAACCGAUGGGCGUCAGGAUUGGGAAAAGUUUCAAGGAUGUGAAUCGAGAAUUACGUGCAAAAUUGUCCAACAUCAACAAAAAUCUUCUACCUGGCAGCAAAGAAAGGAAGCCACAAAGCAUGGGAUCCUCAAAGCAAUCUCCUAUAAUAGCCAAACCAACGACGAACCAACCAACCAGAAAAAUCCCAAGUGUCACUGCUCAUUCACCUCCACGAUCACCAGUUCAAGUCCGAAAGAAGGAUUCAGUGACGAGAUCACAAACAAAUAAGAAGAAAACUUCGAGUGACACUGCGGGGACAAGAGAUCAAUCGAACACAUCUCAGUCCAAAGAGAAGAGAAAAAAAGAAGAAUCAGAAGAAUUCUCACCGCCUUCUUCGUCGAGCCCCAGUUCCGAACGCAAGAAAUCGCCCGUGAAAAAACCUGAUCAGUUGAAGCCGAAAAUGCGAAAAAUUUACACCGAAAAACAACUGAAAAAAAUGAUCGACAGAUUAUACAAACAAACAGAAAUCCUACGAGCGGAUGAUCCAUCGGUAGAUACGCUACUGAAGGAAACGAGAGAGUCGAUUCAAGCGAUCGAGGCGUUGGAAAAGCUCUACCAUCACGUCCAUGAAGAGUCAAAAAUACGCACAAAACGGCUCAUGGACGAGUUCGAGCGCCUGAAAACUAUGAGACAGCAGCACGCAAGAGACAUAGACUCACAGAUCGCUCAGCAAGUGCGAACAGAAGUGGACAACAAGAAGGAACUUGAGGAAAUCCUGAACGAUAGUAAUGUGAAGAAUCUGGUGGCAAAACCUGUGGGAUCAAAAGAAGAAGUGGAACAACAAUCUUCGUUUGUUGUAAACAUGCUGCGAGGUCACGUUGUUAUGCCACCGUCCCAUUCAGGUGGUAUGAUACCCACUCUUGGGUUUCUUUUGUGCAUCUUUGCACUCAUUCACAACUCAUCCACAUAUAGACUGAAUGUUCCUCGCGUCCUUCUACCGUAUCAUCCCAAUAUCCCGGUAAAAUUUAUUCUAGAAGUUAGUCAACCGUCAGGAGGAUGUUUUAAGUGGCGAUCUACUCGUCCCGAUGUGGUCUCCGUAAGCCCAAUAGGUUCGAAAGCUGCCGAGUGCUCUGACAGAGCAGAGAUUCGAGCAACUGCGAAGGCAGUUUCGGGGGAAUUCAGUGCUGUGGUGUUCGCUGAAGAUAGUGGUUCUGGAACGAUGCUCAGUUGUGGCGUUACAGUUGACCAGAUUUCAAAGAUCCGCAUAAAGACGACAACAAAAAUCUUGUUCGUAGAUGCUGCACCAGCGCGCAUCCUCGUUGAGGCGCUGAACGCCGAAGGUGACACUUUUUCCACACUUAGUGAGAUCCCAAUCGAAUGGGAGUUAUCACAUGCCGGAGAGGGCCGUCCGCUCAGGAUCGUUCCUUUCGAGCAAUCGACCUAUGAAGCUCCGGCUGAAAUUGUGACAUUGGAGAAUAAGAAAAAGAAAGGUUAUAUAAUACUCGUGGAAGGAGUCCUUACUGGAUCAGCAACAUUAACAGCCAGGUUUGCCGAGCCGCACUUUAAGAGCAUCGCUUCAGACAGUCUUGAACUUACAGUGGUAGCUAAUCUACUGCUGCUACCUGCUCAUGAUCUUUUCCUGCCCGUAAAUGCCGUAGUACCAUUCCAAGUGCAAAUUGUGAAACAAAGCAGCACUGAAGUGGUUCCAAUGCCGUCGUCCUUGUACUACCUGAAAGUUGACUCAGAAGCUAUUUGUUUGCUUGAUAAAAUGACCUCUUCCAUACGAGCUUUAGCUCGCGGGCGGACGAAUAUCCAUCUUUUUAGUCACAAUGUGGAUGUGAAGGCGAAGACGGGAGUGCGACCUCCGUCAACAUCUAUAAAUGUGGUUGACCCAGAAACUAUUCAGUGGGUAAUUUUCGAAGGCGGUAAUUGGCUAUUACAAACUGGUACGCGUUACAAACUCUCUGUUUCGUUGCUCGAUCCACAUGGAAAUUCGAUGUUUAUCAGUGAUAACUUGAGAUUUGACAGCGUCAUUCCAAGUGACUAUUUUGAAAUCCAUAUUAAAUCCAAGAAUCACACCUAUUUCGAAGUGACACCUAGAAAAGUGGGAAAGACAUUGCUGAAGAGUAAAUUCACUGCAGUUCUGGAUGAGAAUGAGAAGGAACAACUAACUACUGGUAAAGUCACUGGUGAGCAAGUUGUGCAAAUUGUGGAUCCUGUACUGAUCACUCCUUCCGACGUUGUAUUUCCAUACCUCCCUCGACGGAAGACUUCAUUUCCAUUGAAGGUAACAGGUGGGAGUGGUCUCUACGAUUGGAGCGUUGCUGAUUCUACCGUAUGUAGCAUUGAUUCGAAUGGGGUGCUCAGCAGUUCAUCACCGGGUACAACUGUAGUUACUGCUUCUGACAAGCGAAAUCCAGCUCAUAAAGACGUUGCUCGGGUGUCCGUCGUUGACGUACUAUCUCUGACUUUUGGAAAAACCCGAAAAGAAGCCGAAGUGGGGUCAAACCUCAUCCUGAAUGUACAGCUCAUGGGCUUAGGCACUGACGGAUCAAUUCCCUUCACUGACUGCCGAGCAGCAGACUUUGUUGUGCGGUCGUCCGACAAUAGCAUAUUCAAACCUGUACCAGAUUCACCUCCUUCGCUGCCGACUGUAGGUACUGGUUGCUCGACGGUCGCAUUGAAAGCUGUUUCAUCUGGAGAUGCUAAAAUUACUGUCUCAUUUGCACGCUAUGAGGCGACAAUAGACGUUUCGGCCUACCCAGCUCUCAAUGUGGUUAAUAACGAUCUUUCUUUGGCAGUGGGCAGCAGUUUGAAUGUUCGGUUUGAAGGAGGACCCAGACCGUGGUUGCAUGACUCCUCGAAUCAUUACCGUGAAGCAUCUGGUGAUAAAUUGGUGACAACGAAUAUCCUAGACGACGUUCUCAAUGUAAAAUGCAAGUCCGAAGGCGGGUUUACGACUUUACAACUUCAAGUGGGGAAUAAGCCAUCGUCGUCUCUUCCGCUCCCUGCAGUGUCCAGUAUCAAGUUAGCUGUUUGCUGUGCCGUUCCGACAAGACUUGUGAUCUCAACAAUUGAAGGAAAUCAGCCGAAAUGCCCAUCAAAUGUGCGCAUACUCCUAGCGGAUGCAUCCACGAAAUUAGCUCUGGCUGCUCACGGUUCAUGUGGGUCAGGGAUAGAUAGAGUACUAGAUUCUUUGAAUGGUUUCACUGUCAAGUGGACUACUUCAAACAACUCUGUAUUAGAAGUUGGCGAAGUAGAAAAGGACGGGGAAGCUUCUGCUUUUGCCAAGGGACGUGAUAUCGCUGGUUCAGCUGUUAUUACCGCAGAACUGUCUGGGAAGAGCCGAUAUCGUAACCACUUGAAAAACAGUUUAGAACUUCGAUUAGUGAAACCUGUAGUGGGAGAACCAUCUAAACUUGUGCUUUGGAAUGAAGUUGUGACUCUUGGUACUGUGCGUUUAAUUCAUGGAUCUGGUCAUUUUCGUGUACGCGAAAUGCCAGGAGCACCAUUCACAGCAACAGUAAAGGACAAUAUGCUUACGGUUACUCCGAAAUCGCAAGGAAGCGGUUCGUUACGAGUAGAAGACGUAUGUGUGAGCGGCGAUCCACUAGAUAUCCCGAUCAAGAUUACUGACAUACAUUCACUCGUCAUCCAUGGACCGCAAUUCAUGGAAGUUGGAUCCGAUGCUGAAGUAUCCGUUGAUGCUGUAGAUGAGGGCGGAAGUUCAUUCUCUCGAGAUCACGGCGCACUUUCCAAUGCUGUCAUUGAACCCAGCGACCCUACAGUUCUCGUCACGAAGAUUUCUGGUUCUUUAUAUCGUGUCCGUGUGCUGUCCGUGGGCGGGAUCUCUUUGGUAGCUUCCGCCAAGUCGACAACAGGGAGAGUUCUCAAUUCUCUCCCGCAUACUAUUCAAGUUUUCUCUCCUCUUUCGCUUCAUCCGCGGGAAGUCACUCUUAUUCCAGACAGCACGUUCCAGUUAGCAGUUAUCGGAGGACCACAACCUACUCCACAAAUUGAGUUCACUCUCAACAACUCCAAAAUUGCCACUAUAGAGCCGAAUGCGUUGAUCACGUCCAAGAAAUUGGGAUAUACAUCUAUCACCGGUACUGUAGAUAUCGGAGGACAACACUCAUCACAGAAUACUGUAACUCUUCGAGUCGUUUCACUGACUGGGAUUCGAGCUGUCGCAAGCACUCAUGUUACGGAGAGAGGAGCUCGCGUUUUGCUCAGAGUGAAUGGAAUAGAUGAAAGAGAAUCGCCAUUCUCUUUUGGUGGGGCACUGUAUCCAUUCAAAAUAACUUGGACUGUCAGCCAUCCGGGGGUGCUUCAAAUGGUCCAUCCGUUCGGUCCUUCAUUUUCGGAGACAGAUGACAACCGCUUUACUGUUUGGUUAGAAGGAAAGAGCGCUGGGUCGGCUAUUGUAAAGGUCGUCGUGGAACUGACAGCGCUUGCCAAACAGCAUUUUGCCGGCUCCACUCAAGUCUUUGAAGAUCUUGUAGAAAUUCGAGUCGAAGAGCCGUUAAUGAUGAAGCAACCAAGCUUGCCUGUUUCUACCAUCAGAUUAGCUCAAAACACCGAGCUGCAACUUGAGACAGCAUGGCCGCAAUCAGUUGUUGAAUAUUCCGUUCCGUCUGAAUUCGCUGGUCGUCUGUCCGUUACGAAAUCGGGUUUUGUUCGAACAAAGUCCGCAACGGGACCAGCAACGGUGGUGGUUCGUCGGAUUGACCUUCCGGACAACGAAACCGCUACAGUGCCUUUAUCAGUGUCCAAAGUUGAUGCUAUGGAUGUCAUGUUGCUUACGAAGUUAGAACCAGCUACGUUGAUGUCGUUAUCGCAUUUACCAGUAGGAGCUAAAAUUGCUUUGAAAGUGGUGUUCCGAGACUCAAAAGGACGAGAACUCACUUCGUCGUCAAAGAUUAGCUAUCGACCUCAUAGGUUCGAUUUGACCGACAUCGUAGCCUCGAACGACAAUCGCACAUUUACCAUUACGUUAAAGUCAGCAGGCGAGACAGUACUAAAGAUUUGGGAGACCAAUGAGCCGUCUCAAAACGUUUUUGUUCGUAUCUCUGCAUCGGAAAUGCUCUAUCCAUCAACACGCUUACCGAUUGUCUCGGAUAUUGUGUGCUUCGUCUCACCACUAGCUGGAAUUGCUCGAUGGCAAUCAAGCGAUGAUCGAGUUGAAUGGCUGGAUGUGGAACGAGGGGUUGCGAAGCUUGUAAACACUGGUGAUACACAUAUAACAGUUCACGUCGCUGAGCAGAAAUUGACUACUUCAUUGUCCAUAAACGCGGCUGAACAACUCGUCUUCACCAAUGACUUACCCAGCUUCGUUACGAAUGCGGAAGGCGCUUCAUUUUUGUUCCCACUAAACGUUGCAGCCAACGGAACGUCGUCAUCUCACACAGCUAUGACUGGCUGCACAGAAGAACAGCUAGCUGCACUCUCCUCUAUCCAUGCUCCAUUUGACUGCACUGCUUCGUUUGCUAACAACAAGAUAGGUCCUGCUGUGAAUAUAUUGUCCACUAAAGCUGUUUUCUUGCCAAAAAUGGGAUCUUAUGCAUGUCUGAUUGAACGCCAAGAAGCCGGUCAUGUUCGCCUCGACAUUGCCGGUGCUAGUCAAAUGGAACUUAAUGUGAUGGCUAGAUGGCUCAGCGGCUCAAAUGUUCAUGAAGCGGUUACAAAUACGAUAUUCCAUAUGGCGAUGCGUGUUGUGGAAACGGAGGUCCAGCUCUCUGAUAUGGACCACAAAUCUGCAGUGUUAUCGCUGCAUGUUCCCACGUACCAGCUACGUUAUGUCACUGCAAAUGGUUGUGCUGCCGACAUAAUUACUGUAACUGAGACUCGUCAGUCAUCUGGAGGCAAUAGCGCCGCUAACAAGUUCUUCCUAGUUAAGCUCAAUGUCAAGUCAGCAGCUUUAUGGUCUGAUCUGUCAGAAAAAUGCUCAGUAACAGUUGAGAACAGUAUAACCGGACAGACAAUACACAUUCCAGUUCGAGUACGCAUUGUAGGACAAGCGGCGAAGCAAGUUUAUAAUGCCCUUGAUAGUACUGGUUUUAUCGAUUUUGCUCUGAUAUUCCUACAGCACUACUCGUGGAUCAUUCCUAGCUUGAUGUGGAUUUGUUUGCUCGGAAUUAUUAGCAUCGCUGCCUACUGGUUCCUUCGAAGACGGAUUUGGGAAAAACAAGGCACUUUCAAUGAUACUAGUGCUCUACGAUCUCCCCUUUCAACUUCUGCUGUAAGUCGGGCUUCGAUGUCCAUGCAGAGCUCCCCUAGUUUCUUUCGUGACUCCCCUCUGCUGAAAUCAACACCGAUUUUUGGCGAAUCGAUGAUUACCAGUCCAAGGCAGCAACGACCACUCGGUUCCAAAGGAGAAGCCACGUUGUGGAGCACAGACGCAGCGAGGAGGAAAUAA